UAUUAAUCAUAUUUAAACCAAUCGAUACACUAUAUAAGUGCAUAACAGUUUUUUCUCUUUUUUUGUACAAUUUUGUUUAAAAAUAAAAAUACGUGAAAAUGGGUUCGUGGUUUUACAUUUUAUUGGCAUCAAUCUUUAUCUCAACCUUCAGCCAGUGUGUCGAAAGCCAUUCCACUCCAGAAUGUAAUCAGUUAACAUAUGGAUUAAUCAUGAGGCGCAUCACCGAAGUGACGUACCACACACAUGCAACUGUCAAGGACUCCUAUACAAAAACGAAACAAUAUGUUGAUGUUUACAAACAACAAACUGACCAAAAGCUUGGCGCAAUGGACGGGAAAUUAAACGAUAUUCUUAUCAAAUUGGUAGCAAUUGAGACUCAGCUUGGAGCACUUACAACGGGGCCUGUUGCACUAUCGCCAACAGAUGUGUUAAAAACGGCUAGAGCUGCUGCUGCGCCGGCAAAUAUAGACUUAGACACGAGUGAGGAAGAAAAUUAAAAUAUAAUUUUUUAGUAUCAAUUGUUGUACACCAAACCGAGAUUUUCCAUCAUCUCUACGGCGUGGAAGCAUUAAAUGAUUUAUAGUUUUAAAUUAGUGACGAAUAUAGUUAAGCGAAUGAACAAAUAAACAUGCAUAAAAAUCUAAGAUCAA